UUAGAUACAGCCAGUUUUAAUCUGUUGGAACCACAUGGUGGCGCUGCAGGCUAAAGAAAUGCAAGGGAAAUUAAAGUGAGUCUGCGCUAGAAGUCAAAAAGAAAAAAAGAAAGAGAGCAAAAUUCUGACCGAUGAGGGGGAAAGCUGAGGCUCCUCACAACUGAAGAAGGAAAAAUAUAUCGUAGAUCCUUCCAGCUAGGUGGAACAUCUGAGGUGUAUGACUGCUAGGAGCUGUGCUGAGACCUGUAGUAAAGAAAGAAGAAGCAAUGGCAGCCAGAGGAACAUGUGUCUCCAGACAAAGGCAAGUGCUAUUUCUCUUCCUGCUUGGGGGGCUGUGUUUGGCAGGUUCUGAGCUUGGACGUUAUUCAGUGACUGAGGAAACAGAAAGGGGAUCAUUUGUGGCGAACCUAGCAAAGGAUCUGGGGCUAGGGGUGGAAGCACUGGCUGCAAAGAGGACCAGGGUGAUUUUUGAUGAUAACAAACAGCACUUGUUUCUGGAUUCUCACACUGGAGAUUUGCUCACAAAUGAGAAACUGGACCGUGAGAAGCUGUGCGGCCCCACAGAGCCCUGCAUGCUUUAUUUCCAAAUUUUAAUGGAUAACCCCUUUCAGAUUUACCGGGCUGAGCUGAGAAUUCUGGAUAUAAAUGAUCACUCACCCAUAUUCCAGGACAAAAAGAUGAUUUUAAAAAUACCAGAAAACACAGCUGUAGGGACAACAUUUCGAUUAGAAAGAGCACAAGACUCAGAUGGCGGACAGAAUGGCAUCCAAAACUACACCAUCAGCCCCAACACUUUUUUUCAUAUUACCAUUCGUAACAGCGAUGAAGGAAUGAUAUAUCCAGAGCUUGUGCUAGACAAAGCUCUGGACUGGGAGGAGCAGCCAGAGUUCAGUCUAACACUCACAGCACUUGAUGGUGGGUCUCCAUCCAGGUCUGGGACAGCCACUAUACAUAUUCUGGUUAUGGACAUCAAUGACAAUGCUCCACAGUUUCCCCAAGAACUGUAUGAAACCCAGGCUCCAGAAAACAGUCCAGUAGGCCUUGUUGUCAUUAAAGUCACUGGAGAAGAUGUAGACUCUGGAGCCAAUGCAGAAAUAUCCUAUUCGUUUUUUGAUGCUUCUGAGGAUAUUCGAGCAACCUUUCAAAUCAAUCCUUUCUCUGGGGAAAUCACUCUCAAAGCCUUGCUUGACUAUGAGUUCAUAAAGUCCUAUAAGUUAAAUGUACAGGCAGUUGAUGGUGGGGGCCUUUCGGCAAGAUGUACGGUUCUAGUGCGGGUUUUAGACGUUAAUGACAACGCCCCUGAAUUGAUCAUGUCAUCACUUGUCAGCGAAGUUGUUGAGAACUCACCUGAAACCGUGCUGGCAGUUUUUAGGAUUAAUGACAGAGACUCUGGAGAGAAUGGGGAAAUGGUUUGCCACAUUCAAGAAAAUCUACCUUUCCUUUUAAAACCUUCCGUGGACAAUUUUUACAUCCUAAUGACAGAAGGAGCACUGGACAGAGAGAGCAGAGCUGAAUACAACAUCACCAUCACUGUCUCUGACCUGGGCACACCCAGGCUCACAACCCAGCACACCAUAACAGUGCAGGUCUCUGACAUCAACGACAACGCCCCCGCCUUCAACCAAACCUCCUACACCCUGUUCGUCCGCGAGAACAACAGCCCUGCCCUGCACAUAGGCACCAUCAGCGCCACAGAUUCAGACUCGGGCUCCAAUGCCCACAUCACCUACUCGCUGCUGCCGACCCAAGACCUGCAGAUGACCCUCACCUCGCUGGUCUCUAUCAAUGCUGACAACGGGCAACUGUUUGCAAUCAAGGCUCUGGACUAUGAAGCCUUACAGGCCUUCGAGUUCCACGUGGGUGCCACAGACCGAGGCUCACCUGAGCUCAGCAGCCAGGCUCUGGUGCGCGUGGUGGUGCUGGACGACAAUGACAACGCACCGUUCGUGCUCUACCCGAUGCAGAACGCUUCUGCACCCUACACCGAGCUGCUGCCCAGGACCGCAGAGCCCGGCUACCUGGUCACCAAGGUGGUGGCUGUGGACCGCGACUCUGGACAGAAUGCCUGGCUGUCAUUCCAGCUACUCAAGGCCACGGAGCCCGGGCUGUUCAGUGUGUGGGCUCACAAUGGCGAGGUGCGCACCACCAGGCUGCUGAGCGAGCGCGAUGUGCCCAAGCACAGGCUGCUGCUGCUAGUCAAGGACAAUGGCGAUCCUCCGCGCUCUGCCAGUGUCACACUGCAGGUGCUGCUGGUGGAUGGCUUCUCUCAGCCCUACCUGCCUCUGCCUGACUUGGCGCACAACCCCACUCAAGGGGAAGAGGAUGUGCUCACGCUGUACCUGGUCAUAGCCUUGGCAUCUGUGUCUUCUCUCUUCCUCUUGUCUGUGCUGCUGUUUGUGGGGGUGAGGCUGUGCAGGAGGGCCAGGGCGGCCUCUCUUGGGGGCUGCUCCGUGCCAGAGGGACACUUUCCUGGACACCUUGUGGACGUCAGCGGUACAGGAACACUGUCCCAGAGCUACCAAUAUGAGGUGUGUCUGAUGGGAGGUAGUGGGACAAAUGAGUUCAGAUUCUUGAAGCCCGUUUCCCCCAAUUUACAACCCCAGUUCCCUGGGAAAGAAAUAGAGGAAAGCUCUACUUUGCGCAAUAGUUUUGGGUUAUUUAGUAACUGUAAUUGAUGCUGUAUUUCAUUUUGUGGCUAUUCCAUGCUAAUGUGUAUUUCUCCGAAUUUGCAUGAUCUUUAAAUCUAGUGUUUGCAUUUUAUUAUGUCCCUCCCACUUUUCAAUUUAUGCCAGCGCUUGUAAUAAGAUGGUAAUUUCUUCUGUAGCCCAUUCUCUCUGAUGACCUAAUUCGUAAAUAAUUUACCCUGCUCCCCUUCCCACCUGUCUUUUCCAGCACUUUGACUUGCACUUUUGCUUAUGAUGAAAUAAACAGACCAUUUUAGGAGUAGUUAAAAUUUUUAAGUAUAUCUUUUGUUGAUUUGCGACUUGUUAUUAUGGGUGCUAUUUUCAAGAAAGCUUAUUUUUUAAAGCACCCUAGUUUAAUUUUUUUAAUGUUUGUUAUUAUUGAAUAUAUGGAUUGCAUUGGAAAAUCUAUACUGUGAUACAACUAUUAGGCCUGUUGAGAAGGAGCCAAUAGUGAGCCUGGGGACAGCUCAGUGAUAGAUACCCAGAAAGAUCAAAACACAUAAUAAACAAGUGGUGACAGGUGGUAGUGAGCCAUUUACUAACACUAUCUUAUGUAUUCUGGAAGGUGGCUGCAGCGGUACAUGAAUACUGGGGUUACUUAUAAAAUCUUGAAAUAUAAGGCCUUAAUUUUACAAAUGUCUCACUAACUUUAUGAGGACAGAAUGUAAGUCAGGUGGAACAAUAGGCACCCAAACAAUCGUGUGAGUAGGAGAAAGCAAGCCUGUGAGAUAACACACAAUUUUGCUUAUGUUCCCCCAUGAAAUAAAGGAAUGUGCACUGAGUACUAAUUCACAAGUACACACAUUUGCUGUGCAUAUUAUGCAACAUUCAAAUCUAAUAGGAAGAGUACUUAGUCUAUUGUGAAUUUGAAACUUCCUCUCUUAUUCUAUUGCUUGAAUUUCCUGAUAUGGUCAUAAGCCACUGAGUCUGUCUCAGAUUCCACUGAAGAGCAGCAUCCAAAAGUAUGAUGACCACAUUGUUUAAUGUAUGAACGUGCCAUGUUCUAAUUGUAAAAACUAAUAACAAUAAUAAUAAGUUCAACCACCACAGGGGAGAGAGUUUCAUCUUGGGUAGAGAAUGACCAGUCUAUAAUGGUUCUUGUCCUUGAUGAUCUGACAAUCACUGGGAAGUAUAAUUGUGUUACAUGAGUAGUACGUACAUAAUUACAGGGAAAAUGUAACGGUUGGGAGAGGAAGUUUCCUGUGAAUUUUCUAACAAGUCUAAAGUCUGUAUAUCCAGGAGGAAGAAAAUGAGAGAUGGUGAGCAUCAUGGAGAGAGAAAGACGGUAAAGACGUGACAAUAAAGGAUGUGAGGGGGAACUAAGAGGAUGCUCCCCAUCCCAUGGACUAGAGUCACCGUCAAUGCCAGAAACAUUCUUUCAAAGAACUUAACACUAUGUUAGUUAACAUUUUAAGUAGUUAGUUAAAAUUCCUCCCACAUCCAAGACAACCCAGCGUUUAUACUUUCUGAAAGAUACCAUUUCAUUAUUAGUCUGUCAAACUAUGGAACCUUUGCAUCCAGGCAAAAUGUGCAUAUGGGCUAAUUACGUUUAAUUUCUUACUUUGGAAAGUAGACGUUGGAAACAGAAAGUCUUUUGGCAGUUGUCUAAGGUUGGGAAAAUGGGUAGGAAUGGAGAGUAGUUGGGUACAAUUUAUGUGGGGGAUAAAUUAGAAAUGAUUUUAAAUUAGAAAUACUACUAAUAGUUGUAGAGUUCUACAACUAUAGGAAUAACCACUGAGCUGUAUAGCUCAAGUCUGUGAGAUACUAUGAUGACUCUAUUUCAACAAAGAUGUUUAAACAAUAGAGAACAACUCUAGAAGACUAUGAUUCCACGUAAGCUAGGUCUUCCUUAAACCUCCCAGGCACAGGAGUUGUACAGACAGAAGAGCAGACACAACAGAAGGUCCAGGUAAUUGUCUUGUUGCUUCAAGCUCUUCCAGACAUAUGAGCAUCAAGACUUCUCUAAUUUUUGAAGGAAUUGUGUUUCCUAACUCUAGUGGAGAGUAACCAAGACUUCACUUUGGGAGCUUCUGUGUUCACAUACAAGUCACUAACCAAUUUUCUAAAAUGUGAGCUCUUCAGCAGUCAGUCUCUGAGCCAACAAUUACAUCUGGUGAAUAAAAGUUACCCUUACAUUAACGAAGGGUACUUUCAUUUUCUUUGCAACCAUUCUACUGAAAAUUCUAUUUUAAAGGUCAUAAGUAAUGUCUAUAAACACUAAAUAACACUCUAUCACCAAAACAAAGAGAUGCAACUGCACAUUGCUUUGUAAAGUCUUUCUCUUUCUUGUGACGGUGUCAAUGAAAAUGGUUGCAUACAGGGACCAACUUUGCCCUCGUGGUUCUUCUAGAAUCAGAUCUCACUCCAAAUGACUCCAGCAUUGUCUACGGCAAACUAAUAGUCUGCAUGGCUGCAACUUCUAGCCGUCAUACCUGUGUUCUAGAUGGCUUGGGGAACAGAUGGUCAUUUAGAACUCUUCUGUCCCAGACAAAAUAGCAGUAAAGACUGUUGUCAGUCCAUCUGUAAAAUUGCCAAGGUCAAACAAAACCACGAAGAGGCAGGUCGGUCGGCUAAGUUACCGUGUGUCUUAGUUACCUUUCUAUUGCUGUGAUAAAACAUAUGAUCAUGGCAAAAAAAGCUUAACUCUGGACUUACAGUUUCAGAGGGUUAGAAUCCAGGAUGGCCCAGCAAAUGUUUGCUGGCAGGAACAGCUGAGAGCUCACGUCUUGAUCUGCACGUUGGAAGCAGAGAGGAAAAACUCUAGGAAUGGUGUGAGUGUUUUUGAAAUCUCUAAGUCCCGGUGACACACUUCCUCCAACCAGGCCAUACCUCCUAAUCCUUUCCAAGUAGUUCUACCAAUUAGGGAUUGUUGUGUCCGGCCAGCAGAUCACAGCCUGGGUUCUAGCCUGGAAAGGCAUUUUGGAAACCU